AGGCUCCCUGGCCUAGGCCCUGUGAAGCAAUGUGGCUCACCUCCAUACUGCUUCGCUCCUUUUAGAAAGGGUUAGCUGUGUUCCUGCAGCACUGGGGCUGCUUGGGCCAUGGACAGACACAGCAGCCCUAGAGACAGAAGGAUUGCUCUGUUCCAAACACCUGAAAUAUUCUGCCAUAUCCCCCUGAGAAUAUUUAUUGUGUGUCCCAAGAGUGGCAUGAAGGAAGGACCUUGCUGAAAGCCUUGGAGGACUCUGAGGGCACAGGGAGCCAAAGAGGUCACCAUCUCACCUGUAGUAUCUAAAGGGAGCAAAGCUGUCCCCUGAGCAGCUGUGAGGUUCAUUCACAGACAGAAACAGGUUGAUCAUUCCCAAGAAAGCUGAGGAGUGACGUAUUGCUUGUGCCAUGUGGAUGGCUGCCAGCACAAGGAGUAAGGAGGGACACCCAUGAUGCUCUCCCAUUGUGCAGCCUUGCCUAGAAGGUGAGAGUUGCGUUCAGCACCUUCCUAUUACAUUUAUGGAACUACGCCAGCAAUAAUAAGUGUUUUCCCGUAUGUGAAAUAAGGGUGUGUGCUUUCUAGCCUUUUGAUUUUUAAUUCAGCUGCGGAGCCAAGCAAAAGGGUCGGGGAAGAGGCACAGGUUUCUGCGCUCUGGUUGUUUGCUGUGCAUGAUCUGCUCGUGUUGAUUGUGCAGAGUUUGGAGCAGACAGACAACAACAUGAAAAGAAGGAGGCAGAGAUACAAGAGCACACUGAAAAAAUGAGAGCUGAACUUUGGUCUCAGCAACUAGGCCAGGCACAGGCAAGAAGCUGGGAGGGAACACAGAUGGGACAGAUGACCCAAAAUGGCCAAAGAGAUAUUCCACGCCAUGGAACAUCAUGCUCAACUACAAAAACUAAGGUGAAAGCAGUCGUCUUAGAUCCAAGAAAUGACUUUAGUGUGGAUCAAAUCCUUACCAAAAAAGAUGUGCAAAAUCUCAUCCAGCUCUGUGUUACCAGGCUGCUUGACACAACAAACCCAUCUCUGAGCACGAUUAAGAUGCAAGUUUACUUUGAUAUGAACUAUGCAAACCGAGCUGAAUUACUCAGUGAGCGGCUCCGGGUUCUGGAGGGAAGGCUGGCUCCUGUGGUCAGAGGUAUCACAGGUAGUCGUCCCCAUGUGCAAGAAGAAAUGGAGAAUGUGUAUCGCAAGAUCAUUAGCUAUGUGCUGCUGAGCUCUGGCCUGGGAUCCCCCACCGAUGCUGCAGUUGUCAGGGAGGUAACAGCUGCCCUGCAGAGUGUGUUGCCCCAGACAGAGAUGAUUACUUUCAUCUCGCUCAGUAAGAAGAACAAAGAGCAACAGCUGAAAAAUCUUGCCAUGCUGGUCACCGGAAUUCGGUUGUACAACAAGGAAUGUGGGAAAGGAGGAAGCAACAUUGAUGACUUGCCAGGCAUUCUGAGUGAAGCCAUUCCAUCAGCUACACGGGUUGUCGAUGAAGAUCUUAACACUUGCCAUACACUAGCCCACCAGUACACAGCUCUGUUGGAAUCGAUGCAGGAGGACCAACACAGAUAUACACAGCUCAGUUCUUUUAAAUUAAAAGAAGCACUGUUCAAUGUGAGACAAUAUGAAGCCUUCCUUUGCAUCCUUCUGUCGGAUGCAAUUACAAGUGCUCAAGAAGUUGAAAAGAUGAAUGUGCAGUUUGCAGCAACAAUGGAGCAGCUGAAAAACACAGUGCAGAAUAAGGCUUCUGUGGAUACCAAAGAGGUUUUCCCUCUAUUUGUUGCACUUGCUAACCUCUGGACCAGCUUUCAGAAUGAGAUGCUACUGCUAAGCUUCCUCACAAAUAUGAUUAACAACCUGCAACAGUUCUUGGAAAUCCAUUCACAGCUUUUUCCUGAGGAAGUGCUAAUGUCUCUUCUGGAAGGAGUGACUGUGAAAAGUGAUGAGGAAAGGAUAAAAGAAACCAUGGGAACCAGAGUGAGUGUUUCUGAUUUUAAGAACCAAGAGUGGCUUUUUCCAGAGACUGCUGAUAAUUUUGAUCAGUUGCUAAUCCAGUACCAUGGUUUCUGUGCACAUGCAAUUGGUGUGAAAGGCCUCACCCUCCCAGGAAAUCCUGCCAUUGGAAUUUUGAAGCACAAGGAGAGAUACUAUGUUUUCAGUUCCAAAGAAGCUGCAUACAUCUUUGCUCAAGAUCCAGAUAAGUUCAUUCAACUGAAUGCAGAAAAAGCAAAAGAACAUGCAGAGCUAAUUCAGCUGCUCGAGCUUUGUCACCAGUUUGAAUACCUUGCUCCAUAUGCACAGGCCAGAAAUGCAGGCAAAUGUUUGAUGAAACCAACCACAAAAUGUGAUAAUAGUACUCAAACUGAUACUCAUAUCUUGCCUCCAACUAUUGUGACAUCCUAUGAAUGGAAUGAAUGGGAACUGAGAAGAAAAGCUAUAAAAUUGGCCAAUUUGCGACGCAAAUUAACUCAUGCCACGCAGACUGAUCUCAGCCAUAUGAGAAGACAGAACUCCACCCAAGUGUACUUGCCAAAAGAUGUUAGCACCCAGACUAAGUGUGACAACUCAAGCAAUGUACCCAGACCACAGAUUUUCUUGGAAGGUCUCCAAGGAGGAUCAUCUCCUACUACUCAUAUGGUCAAAGUAGACUUAACAAGAGCAGUAGAUGAAACCUAAGUGAAAAUGAAAAACCUAAAGAUAUAUAUUGAAUGUAUAUAUUAAAAUCCAUGCAUAUAUCUGAAUUAAGAUGCAAAAUAUUUUACUGUGUCAUUUGAUUCCAGGAGCAGUUGAUUUACUUCAUUUAUCUGUUGGGGCUGCUGACUGGUAUGAAGUGAUGGAAAUGAUAAGCCAGAUUUUAAACAGCAAUUUAGAAUCAACAUAUUCCCAAAGACUAUAACUUAAAUUAACAUUUAAAUGUGUAGUCUGUGUUCUGGGAUUUUCUUGAGGUUUUAAUGCAAUGGUUGCUUGCUGGAACACUCUUGUUAAGAGACAUGUCUUUGGUACAUGAAAAGUAUAGUGUAAGACAAAUAGCUUUUAUGAGAUAUGGGGCCAAUGCUGCAGCUCCUACAGAGGUGUAAUUCCCAUUGGUGUGAAAUAACACUGAUCCCAGGAAGGUCACCCGAAUGUCACAGCUCCACCCCUAGAGCAGAAUCAAGAAGGUGAAACCAGCAGAGUGACCUCAGUCGCUGUCCCUGGGCCUGUCCAUUUGUGCUGUUGUUAUCCCAAGCGUCUUUGCAGGGCAAUAGGUGUUACAAGUGUAGGCCAAGGCACGGAUGUCAAGGGGACAAAAUCAAUCUCAGAUGGCUCUGGCAGCCUUUCAGGUCUAGUAAUUUCUAUAUUCGUUGGCUAAACAGAGUGCUGGUGUGCACACUGGAAACCAUAGGAACUUCACUUCAGGGCACCUUUUUGAAAGCUCUGUUUCACUUCUCUUUGAAAAAAACUAAAGCACAACAGGAAAAGAUUUUUAGCUUUAUUUCAUUGUGGCAGGGAAAUAGGUGCCAGAUCUGAUUAACACAAUUGCACCUAGUGCUUCGGUUUGUGCAAAUCUGAAUCAAUCGAGCUUUAAGAUGAAACAUCUUCUCAAAUGGAAAUAGAAGGUACUUUAAAACAGAGAUACUUUUCACAACACAUUACUAUGUGCAAAACGUCCAGGUGUGCAAUGUGAUUGCAUAGAGUGUGCUGAGGUUUCUAAAUCUCUUUUUUGGUUAGGUGCAGCAUGUUGCAGCGUGAAUUCCUGGGUCAUUGUUACACAAACUUGUGACAGUAGAGGUCAAAGAUUCAAGCUGCUGGGUGAUUUUUCUAUGGCAUUGUGCAGGAUAGCAUUCUGUUUUUGUUUAACUCUCUUCAAGGUAUCUGGCUUUAAAGUUAUACAGCUGGGACAAAACCACAAGGCGUCAUUAAAAAAAAGGAGCAGGAGGGAAGCACAGAAAGAACUUAGCAAAAUGGUUUUUCCCUAGGUGAUUUUCUCUUUUGUGAAAAUAAACUAAUCAGUAGCAGCCAGAUGUGCUGCUUCUCCAUGUUUUUAAAUUAUGAGCUGGCACCAGUUUUUAGAUUUAUUCAUAAAUAUAUGAAUGCUAUUACCAGCUGCACCUUUUUUUCUUCCCA